CAAAGUCUCGUAUAUUCCUUCUAAUUUUAUUCGUGGAUUAGAGAUCACUCAUUCCAAAAAUAAAAAUUAUUAACACAUUCUUCUGAUCCAUCUCUCUCUCUCCGAUCAAAAUCUGAGUUUUACAACAUAUCUCUUAAAGAACAUUUUCAAAUUCUCUGAUUUCGAUUGAUUGCGAUUCGUAAUUUUUCAAAAAUUGAUAAUCUAACAACCGUCAUCAAAUGGGGAAACCGACGGGGAAGAAGAAGAGGAACAACAGUUCCGAAAUGCCGCCGACGGAAGCUUCCGGCAGCGGCGGAGGAGGUAAGAUCGGAAAAACCUUCGAUCGUUCCACCACGAAGUUCUUCGACGACGAUAUGACGAUCUUCAUCAACCGAGCAUUAGAGCUCAAAGAAGAAGGCAACAAAUUAUUCCAGAAACGUGAUCACGAAGGAGCCAUGUUAAGGUACGAUAAAGCCGUUAAGCUUCUACCUAGAGAUCAUGGCGACGUAGCGUAUCUGAGAACGAGUAUGGCUUCUUGUUAUAUGCAAAUGGGGUUAGGUGAGUAUCCUAACGCGAUUAACGAAUGUAAUCUGGCUCUUGAGACUUCUCCUAGGUAUAGCAAAGCUUUGUUGAAACGUGCUCGGUGUUACGAGGCUUUGAACAAACUUGAUUUCGCGUUUAGGGAUUCUCGCGUUGUGUUGAAUAUGGAAGCAGAGAAUGUUUCUGCUAAUGAGAUUUUCGAGAGGGUGAAGAAUGUUUUGGUUGGUAAAGGGAUUGAUGUUGAGGAAAUGGAGAAGAAUUUUGUUGAUGUGCAGCCUGUUGGAGCGGCUCGGUUACGUAAGAUUGUUAAGGAGAAGUUGCGGAAGAAGAAGAAGAAGACGGCGAUGAUGAACGCUGAAAAAGAUUGUGAACGGAAAAGUAAUGAAGCUGUUGUCGAGGUUGCCAAGGUUGAGAACGGAGAGGAAGCUGAUAGCGGGAAGAAAGAGAAAGUGAAUAUGGUGGCGAGAGAAGAGGAUAAGGUUGUGGUUGAGGAGAAGAAAGUGAGUCCUGUUAUGGACAAAGAGGUUAUUGCUUCGGUGAUUGUUGAAAGAGGAGGGAACGUUAAGGAGGACACAACAGUGACUAGGACAGUGAAGUUGGUUCAUGGAGAUGAUAUACGCUGGGCGCAACUGCCGUUGGAUUCUAGUGUUUUACUUGUACGAGACGUGAUCAGGGAUCGGUUUCCUGCUCUGAAGGGUUUCUUAAUCAAAUAUAGGGACUCAGAGGGUGAUUUGGUUACCAUUACUACGACAGAUGAGUUGAAGCUUGCUGCAUCUACGAGGGAGAAACUUGGCUCCUUUAGAUUGUAUAUAUCUGAAGUUAGCCCCAGUCAAGAACCAACUUAUGAUGUCUUGAACAACGACGAAACAGUUGAUAAGUUUGCCAAGGGAUCGAGUAGUGUUGCGGAUAAUGGAAGCGUCGGAGACUAUGUGGAAUCUGAGAAAGCGUCUACUGGUCUUGAGCAUUGGAUUUUCCAGUUUGCGCAACUGUUCAAGAAUCAUGUCGGGUUUGAGUCGGAUUCGUACUUGGACCUUCAUAACCUUGGGAUGAAAUUGUAUACAGAAGCAAUGGAAGAUAUUGUCACUGGAGAAGAUGCGCAAGAACUUUUUGAUAUUGCUGCUGAUAAGUUCCAAGAAAUGGCUGCACUUGCAAUGUUUAACUGGGGAAAUGUUCAUAUGUCCAAGGCAAGAAGGCAGAUCUAUUUUCCUGAGGAUGGUUCAAAAGAAACUAUACUAGAGAGAGUUGAGACUGGAUUUGAAUGGUCAAAGAAUGAAUACAACAAAGCUGCGGAAAAAUACGAAGAAGCGAUUAAAAUUAAAUCUGAUUUCUAUGAAGCUCUUCUAGCUCUCGGGCAACAACAGUUUGAGCAGGCUAAGCUUUGCUGGUAUCAUGCACUCGGUGGCGAUAUAGAUAUUGAAAGCGAGGCUUCCCAGGAUGUUUUAAAGCUCUAUAACAAAGCUGAGGAGAGCAUGGAAAAGGGUAUGCAAAUAUGGGAAGAGAUGGAAGAACGUCGUCUAAAUGGAAUCUCCAAUUUUGAUAAACAUAAAGAACUGCUGCAGAAGUUAGGCUUGGAUGGAGUCUUUAGUGAAGCGUCUGAUGAAGAAAGCGCAGAGCAAACAGCUAACAUGACAUCCCAGAUUAAUCUUUUGUGGGGUUCCUUACUGUAUGAACGGUCUAUGGUGGAGUAUAAGAUUGGCCUACCGACUUGGGAUGAGUGCUUGGAAGUAGCAGUGGAGAAAUUCGAAUUAGCAGGAGCUUCUGCAACUGAUAUAGCUGUCAUGGUCAAGAACCAUAGCUCAAGCGACAAUGCACUUGAAGGUAUGGGAUUCAAGAUCGAUGAGAUAGUACAGGCAUGGAAUGAGAUGUAUGAUGCUAAAAGAUGGCAGAUCGGUGUCCCAUCCUUCCGGCUAGAACCUUUGUUCCGGAGACGGUCACCCAAAUUGCAUGAUAUUUUAGAGAAUGUGUUUUCAGGGCCUCAGUGAUGGACACCAUUCAUCACAUUAUACAAACCUGAACAUAUCGGCUGGCUUCAGUUUUCACGUAUUACUAGGUAAGUUCAAAAGUUUAUCCGGGUUUGUGUUUGAUGGGAAAACUAAUCUAUUGAUAUGUUCCAACAACUGUUAUUGCAGGUAUUGUAUUCAGUGAGAGCUAUACGCAAUUUUUCUUCAAUUUUUGGUUUGGUUUCUAAGCUUAUGGAAGCAUUGAAGCAAUUUUUUUUUUCUUUUUUGAAUCUCUUGACGGGUAUGGCCGUGAAGAAGAUGUGCGUGAUGAGUUUUUUUUUUUGUGCAGAUCGGUUCAUCAUAUUUUUUUGAUUCAUUAUUUCAUUUUGGUGGGUUUGUAAUUAAGUAUAUCAUAGUUUUGUAAUUUUUUAUUUAUUUAUUGAUUGUUUGGAUUAGUUUGUGUAUCUAUCUUAUCUAUGAUUGUUAUGAACAAGAUAAUGGUUUUGGUUUUGGUU